AUGAAUCGUGAAGAGAUAGAGGAAGCAAUCUCAACACAUCUACCUGGCCUGUCUGUUGAAACUCUUACUUCCCUGCUGGAGGCGUUGGAAGAGCUUGGUGUUGAGAGUAGAGCAGACCUUGCUUUAGUUCAAGAGAAUGAUCUGGUGAAAUGCCUUCGACCAAUCCAGUGCCGUAAGCUGCUGAAUGGCCUCAAGAAUGAAGCACUUCGAACAGUUGAGAUCGAAUAUGCUGCUGUCCCUUCUUUACCUCUCAUAAGUACUCCUGAUCCUCCAUCCUCGAGUUCGGCAAGAAGUUCAAGCCCCUCUGUGCCUUCAUCUCCACUGGCUGGCAGGCCAUGGUAUAUAGACUUUCGGGUCAGAUGGGACAGGAUGACAGCAUCAAUUCGAAAAGCAUUGUCAAAUCAAGCAAGACCAUCACCAGGGGACAGAAAAGACAUGGUGAGGGCAGUUGUUGACCAGAUGUUUGAGCAUGAUCUCAACCCAACAAGAGCAAUAUGUCACAGCAUUGCCCGGAGCAUUGUACGUGACUACCCUAAAUGUUUUGCUGAUGUCGGGAAGAAAGGUGAUAUUGUUGGAGAUGGCAGUCACUCUCUUCUCCAACAAAUUAAAGCAAGAGUGGAAUACAAGAACAGAAAAAAUACCCUUGCGCGGCAUCGCAGAGAAAAAAGGCCACGCACUGCAGUGGUUGAGGGGGGCAGACUAAUGGCAAGAGGCCCUGUGGAUCAAUACGGCUGUGUAAGGUGGAGUCCCACAGAACUCCCAUCUGGAGAAACUAUGGAGAGCUUGUAUGAAAUCAAAAAGCAACUGUCCAACAUCUACUCGGAGAAAGGAAUGGGUGGAGCAGAGACAGCAGAAGCUCUGAUGGAGAAGACAUAUGUUAUCCAACGCCAGUACCUCAACAGUGUCCCUGCACCAAUGGUUGCAGAGAUUCAGGAGGAGUGGCCUUUUCUGUUUUCGCAGAGAGGCCUUUACACCCACUUCGGCCUACUGACAGAUGUCGCCAUCCUCGAUAAAAUGCAAGAGGCCAUAAACAACAAAGGCAGUACCAUCAUUCGGUUCUGCCAGGAACUCAGCCGUCAUCCCUCAAUUGAGGAAAUCCUGGCUAAAUAUGAGCCAGAGACAUCAGACAAGGCUGUGUGUGUCCUUCUGCUCCUGAUGGCAUACUUCAAAGAGCCCGAAACCUCCAUCAUGCUUGAGACUGAUCCAUGUACCACUGCCGCUGAUGUGCAAAGGAUGCAGGUGCUGCCAAACACCCCCUGCUUGAUUGUACAAGGUGACCUGAUGAAGCCAAGGGCGUGGAUGCUGUCCAUUGAGGAACAAGUAGUGAUGGGACCACACAGCAACAUCUUGAGCGGGUUGGCUGCGCUUUUUGCCAGCUUCUACAAUCUUAAUCUCCAGUACCCUGAGAAAAGUUCAUGCACUUUGGAGUUUAUUCAGAGAUGCUUCUUGAGUAUCAACCCAGAAACGGGCUCCAAGGCAAAGAGGAAGCGUGGAGGCAUCAACCCACAUGUCAGCACACUGAUGAGGAAACUUGUGGACUUUGAGUGGCAGGCAAUGUAGACGGAAUGAUUUUUUUUUCUUUAACAACUUAAGGGUAUCCCUUUUUGUUUGUUAUGACCCCUGGAUUCUGUUUGGCAGCCAUUUUGAUUUCAUGUACAUUUGAAUAGCAAAAAAACACCAAUUUUCACUAUUCCUGAUCCAGACAACAUGUUUAUUACUUUAUUGUUUAAACACUGGAAAACACCGGUUAUGGUCUUCAACCUGAUACAACCACGCUGAUAUCUGUUUACUUUGUCAGCAUGAAAACAUCUUAAAAGGACAUCUUUAGACCACCACAUUACAAAUAAGAGGCAGAAUCUAUUUCUCCUGUCUGACUUUGAGUGGUUUUACUGUUGCACAUUUUUGCUGUUGCACAUUUUAUAUUGAAUCGUUUUUAAAAGUGUUUGUUGAGAUGUUUACAUUUUGUUCAGAAUAUGCAGGCAUGUUUGCCAAGGGAACCUAUGUCUCCUACUUGUUUUAUUUUGAAAUUGUUUUGGGCAUGGGUUCUCAAAGUGAGGGCCUAAUGAGGGCCAUUGGAGGCAUUUUCUGGCAGCUCAUGAUGAGCCAAGGCAGUGGUUCUCAAAUAGUCCAGUCUUAGUACCCAAAUUCAAAGUUGCAUCCCAAAAAUUUUUUAAAUUUAUUUCACAAAAAAAGAUGUGCAGUAAUACACAAUCCCUUCAUGCACAAAUGAAAAGUGCUUUAAAAAAUUGAGAACAAUCACAAUAAAGUUUUCAAAAAAUAUAUAUGAGAAAAUGUAGUCUUUAUAUUAUUAUUUUAAUACAAAAUUAGAUGCUACUAUAGCACAUUUUAGCCUUUUUUAAGGACUAACGUCCCCACAGACGUCUUCACUGAAAACUUAGUCUUCAUAUUUCAUACAAAGUUAGGCACAAUUUUGCCUCUUUUUUAAACAAAACUUUAUGUAAUAUAAGAACUAACUUUUCCAUGGACUUAGUAUAACAAAGUGACAUGUGAG